AUGAAACAUUGUGCACACAGAAACCAGUGGGUAAAACUCUUCCGUCAAGCUCAGAAAAUUAUAUACAGCCAAUGGAACUGCUUCAACAACAGCAGAAGGUCCUUAUCGUCUUCUGUGACAAGAUCACCUAAUAUUGGAGGCACUCUCAUUCAAGUUUCAGAAGAGGUUCAAGAAGCACUUACUUACAAGAAAGCUGUUGUUGCUUUGGAAAGUACAAUUAUCACACAUGGAAUGCCACAUCCUCACAACUACAAUACUGCUUUGAGUGUAGAGAAAAAGGUACGACAGAAUGGAGCAGUUCCAGCCACUAUUGCAGUUUUGAAAGGAAAAAUUUAUAUAGGUCUGGAAGACAGUGUAAUUGCAUGGCUGGCAGAGAAAAGCAGCAAUCUUUUCAAAGUGUCACGGAGAGACUUGCCAUUUGUUUUGAGCCAUGGUCUCAGUGGAGGCACUACAGUCUCUGCCACAAUGAUAGCUGCCCACAUGGCAGGUAUUCCUAUUUUUGCUACAGGUGGAAUUGGAGGUGUUCAUCGAGGAGCAGAAACAAGUUUUGAUGUUAGUGCUGAUCUCACAGAGUUGGGUCGUACGCCUGUAGCUGUCGUAUCCUCAGGAGUCAAGUCAAUUCUAGACAUUCCUAAGACAUUAGAAUACCUGGAAACCCAGGGUGUUUGCGUUGCUACGUUUGGAGAGAGGAAGAAUUUUCCAGCAUUCUUUACCAAGGACAGUGGAUAUUAUGCACCUUACAAUGUAUCCACACUUCAUGAAACUGCCAAAAUGAUUGAUAUUCAUCGAAGGACUGGUUUAAGCAGUGGCAUGUUAAUAGCUGUGCCCAUACCUGAUGAGUUUGCAGCUAAUGGAGAAGUGAUUCAGGAUGCUAUUGAUAGAGCUGUAGAGUCAGCCAGAAAGAAUAACAUAACAGGAAAAGAGGUGACGCCAUACAUCCUGAGCCUGGUCAACAAGAUAACGAAAGGAGACUCACUCACUGCCAAUAUCCUUUACAUUGCGCUGGUAGAAAACAAUGCGUCUGUGGCUGGAGGGGUUGCCAGUUGUCUUGCACAAAUAAGAUCCCAGGAUCCUGAGAAUAUUCCAGUGCCUCCUUCAGCUGCAACAUUGCAGUCCCAACCACUAAAGCCAGCAACAUCAUCUUUGCCAGUGGUGAUUGGAGCAACUGUGCUUGAUUUCAGUGUUCAGGUGGCAGAUCCUAAUGUGCAGUUCAAUGGAGCUACAUACAGGGGUGCAGUGUCUCAGUCAUGUGGUGGUGUGGGAAGAAAUUUGGCAGACUGUCUGAGUAGGCUAGAGUGCAAUCCUGUGUUUGUAUCAGCUGUUGGAAUGGACAAUCUGUCUCAUUCACUCUCACAACACUGCAAGCACAUUGAUAUGCAGUCAGUGCAAGCACUACACAACAUGUCUACAGCUACUUACUGUCCAGUCUUGCUGGCUAACGGUCAACUGCUGUUUGGGGUUGGAAAUAUGGACAUCAACUCAUGCUUUACAAUAAAUAAGAUUUCAGAUUUAGAUGUGAUGAUCAAAGCUGCUCCUUUGGUGCUUCUUGAUGGCAAUUUUACUUCAGAAGUGAUUGAGGAAGUUGUGUUUAAGUGUGCAGACAUGUCA